GGAAUAAAAAAAACUUAGUAGUCUUUGGUUUGCUUGUAUGUUUUUGCCGCGAGUUUUCUUUCUCAGCCAGCUGUUCGCUCAAAGCAAACAGUAAAUGGUAUAUGUUUGGGAAUAAAUGUGACGUCUCUCCUCUGUCGCGUAAAGUGUUUCUGAGUUGUUCGGUUGUUAUCGAAAGCCAUUGUACAGUCGAGGCCGUGUUUGAGAGUUUGUCCACGGGGGGGAAAUGUCUGAUAGAGACGAGUCGCAGCAGAGGUUAAAGGCAGCAGUGCAUUUUACUGUGGGUCGUCUGUGUCAGAAGACCGGAGAGGACAACCGAAGAGACUUCAGCCGACAAGUCAUCGCAUCGAUGGCAGAGACAGCCUUCAGACAAUGUGAUAUAUUUGCUAAAGACCUGGAGGCUUUUGCAAGGCAUGCUAAAAGAAGCACAGUGUCUACAGAAGAUGUUAAGCUGUUAGCCCGCCGCAGCACUGCACUGUCCAUCUACAUACAAAAUAGAAGUGAAGAACUGAACCAGGAGCACAGGGAUUUGAAAAAGAAAAACACCGGGAAAAGGAAGGCCAGAGACACUGAGGAGGAAAGCAGAGAAUAAAGACAAGACACAAGCAGGCCUGCGGUGUCUCACCUUAAACAUUCAAAUAAACAUGGAGGCUGACUUAUGUUCUGAAGACAAUAAAGGCAUUGUAAUACAUCAUGA